CAUACGACGGUAUAGGGAAAUCACAUGUAUAACCUUUAAAAAAUUGAACAGCAUUUAUGUCCGGUACUGAACAUAUAUAUUAAUAUGAAAGUUGAAAUAAUUAUUUUUCUAAAAAUUUUUUUUCAUGAUAAAUUAAUAUUUUUUAUGGUUAUUUAAAUACUCACUUUUUGAAAUCAAUGAUAAAAAUAUGAAUUUUUUACGUUUCAACAAUCAAAUAAAUAAAGUUAUUCCAUUAUUUAAGAAUAAAUAUAAUAUUUUAAUUAAUAAUGAACUUUUCGUGAUAAAAAAAUAUUCGACGAAUGCAAUGUCUUUGAAAAUGAGAUUUUUAAAUUAUUUGAUACCUAAUCAAUCAAAUUUUAAUAAUAUCACUUCAGGUAAACAAAUAUAUGAUAAGAAUAAUAAGAAUACGACGAGAAGUAGCUGUGAAAAAAAUAAUAUUCAACAGAUCGAUAUUUAUAACAAAACAUUCUGGAAGCAGAAUUUUGAAAAGGAAACAAUGAUGUUAAUUUUUCAAAAAGAAAAUUAUACAGAAUUAAGAAAAUAUUUGAAGAAAAUUGAUGCAAAAUGUUGUCGAUUAUUGAAUAAACUGUCUACUUCUGAAAUUAUUCAACUAUUAAAUAUUCUUAUGAGAAUCGAUGAAUCUCACAUAACUAACACUAAAUUUUACAAUGAUGCAAUUUUAAUAUUGAAAAUAGCUCUAAAACGUGAUCAAUUAAACUACCAAGAAACUUUUCUAUUGUUAUUUUUUGCUAGUUUAAAAAAAAAAGAAGGAGCUCAAGACGUUAAGUACAUAAAAAAAUGUUUACCAUCCUUUAAUAAUUUAUCUUUAGUUGACAAAAGUAUUUUAGCAGAUGCUUUAUUCAAAUGUUCAGUUAAAUUAAAAAAAUUUGAAGAAAGAUCAAUUGAAGAAGUUUUAGAAAAUGAGGCGGAAUUUUUAAUAAAAGAAAAACAUUUACUUAUUCCAUUGUGUAAAGUGAUAAGACAUGUUGGUCCUUCAAAAAAUUUUAAUGUUGAAAAUUUUAAUCGUGCUCUGAUAAACUCAACAGAACAUUUUAAUUUAAUGUUUUGUGGACAUGUAUUGAAUUUAUAUGCAGAAACUAAAUUAAGAGUAGACAAUGUUUUAUUAAAGUUAUAUACUGAUGCUUUUGCAAGUCUAAGGCAUAAUAAUAUUUAUCGGGUAAAAGAUAUUGAUAACCUAGUUUGGUCAGCUGCAAUGCUUAAUUAUCAGUUAAAAGAUGAAGAUCUUAGUGAAAUAGAAAAAUGUAUUGAAAGAAAAUUUGUCAUAUUCAAAGCAGAAUACACCAAGUUACUCAACAUUAUUAUUUCUCUAUGGAUGCUUAAAUAUAAAUCAAAAGAAUUAAUUCAUAAAUGUUUUAGAAAUCGAAUCUUCCAUCCAAUCAUUCAAAAUUGUAAUGAUUGGAAAUCUAAAGAGAAAUUACAAUUGUUAAUAAGUUGCAUUAAAAUAGAAGCACCUGAUAUCGAUAUACCAUUAGAAUUAGUAGAUCCAUAUAAUUUACAAAUAAAAGUUGAAAAAAAUCAUAAAUUAAUUUAUAAAGAAAUACAAAAAAUAAGACAUGAAUUAGAUUUAGUUGAUUUAAAUAUCACAAAUCCAAUUAAAGGAAUUCAUAUACCAAGUAUAUGUAUGAAAUAUGGUGACAAUAAGAUUGCUUACGUUGAUCUAUUGGAUGAAACUACUUGUUUAAGGAAUUCUAUUGAGCCUCAUGGACUUAUGAAAUUAAAACUAAGACUGUUAACUAAUUCUGAAUGCAAAUCAAUAGUGAUAGAAAAUGAAUAUCGUAAUGAUAGUAACAAAUUGAAUGAACAUCUUUAUAAGAUAUUGAUGUAAAUAGAAAAGAUAUUUGAAAAUAAUUUACUUUAUCCUUAUUUAUAUUGAAGGUUUUUAUGAAAUAAAGCAUUUUUUUAUGUUCUUAUGAAAUUAAAUAAAAUUAUGAAUAAAAUGGAAU